AUGGCGGUGGUGAAGUGGCGGUGCUGGGAGGGGGCACGGCGGCACUGUGGCGGAACAGGAUGGCGUGGUGGAGGAGCAGGUUGUGUUGGAGGGUGGGGUUUGGGUUGGGUGAGGGGUUGUGACGGUGGGAGGGGCGGUGAGGGUUGUGGGUUGGAGGGGGUUGGAAUGGGAGGCGGCGCUGGUGGCGUGGUGGUGGUGGCUGGUCGCAGUGGGGGGACAGCAGUGGUGGAGGGAAGAAGAGAAAGAAGAAGGAGAGGGGAGGAAGAAGGAGUGGGUGGGUGGUUGUCGGGUGGUUCUGGGUGGUCGGGGGUUGUGGUCGAGGCUGGGUGGUUGUGCGCGGUGGUGGUAGUUGGGGAGGGUGGGUUGCAGAGAAGAGAGGGAGAAGAUGGGGGUAUGGGGGGCACGACGGGUAGGGUUUCGCGUGAUAGGGGUUUCAAAUAUCAGUCCACUAGCAACCAUAAAAGAAAUGUAACUGCAAUUUCCAACCAUGAUCACUAUUUCACUACCAUUAUUGAAGCAUGUAAUAUGAAAUAUGAAGGUGCAUAUCCAAAUACUGACUUGAGUGGACCAUGGCUAGUGGUUGCAGCAGCAAGACAUUGGAGUCCAAGGAGGUGGCUCUAUCCAGAAGCGUUCUACCACGGCAACGGCGGUAGAAACGGCGGCAGCAACAACAAUGGCAGUGGUGACGAAAACGGCGGCAGCAACAACGCCGGUGGAAACUCCACUGUGGCAGCAACAACCGUAUAG